GCAAGCGGAACGAGCCCAGCAAUAAAAUGAAAACAACAUCCUCUCUUUUUAAUCACAAAUACACAUUAAAGCAAGAACUUCAUUAGGCCAAGGUAGAGUUGUAAAACAAUCCCAAGAAUCUUUACUAUAAUUAGGUGACUAAAUGCUUAACAAGCAAAAAAAAAAAAAAAAAAAAGGAUAACCUGGGGAGAGGGAUAGAAUUAUUGGGUUGAUAUUCAAAAGUAAAUCACAAUCCUUUUCUAAAAGGGGGGAAAAGUAGGAGAAGAAUUCUUCCUUCUUUGAAAGCCACAUUUAUCACAAUUGUUUAGGGACCAAGCAUCCUACCUUAGAGCCAGUUCAGGCAAGAUGAUUUGAGAUGACUGCCUGAUGACUCUUAUGUAGAAAUGAGCUAUGACUUAAAACUGCAGACAGGAUGCCACAUCCUCACCGCCAUUCAGGUCUUAAUUCAGCUUUUUUCUCGGUCAGAUUCUUUCUUCUAUGUCAGCUGAGUUCACAUAUUCAACUACCUCUCUCAACAAAUGCUGGUAAAAAAAGUACUCUGUACAUGCUCAGGGUUACUUUUUGCUGCCUGAUCUAAAAUGCAGCAGAGGUUGAGGCGAAACCCGGAGACAAAUGAAACCGCGCCCUAUUUACCGGAUGAAGCCGUGGAGAAUUUGCCCAAACCUCCUCUGGUCCCCCUAAGCUUUGCCAGGUUGGACCAUUAGGGGGAUAAAAGCGGGCUCCGGCGGCGGCAACGGGGCGUGGGCUCCCUGGCUGUCCCCAGCCGGUCCACCGGUCCCCCCAAGACCGGGAUUCGCUGGAAGAGGCGGCGACAGCAGGCGGGACGGCCCCGAAGACGCCCCCGCCCCCGGCCUCGAGGAGGGGGCGGAGCCGAUCGGCGACAGGGGGCCCCCGACCGACGGAUCUCCACCGCUGUCAGGCCGGCUAGAGCGCUAAGCGUAGCAGCCGUCAGCCGGGGAGCCCUGCCUAUGGCGCAGCGCCUCGCCCUCGCCGAGCAGCCGCGCGCCCUCCGGGCAACAGCGCUCGGGAGCGGCUCAGCGUGAGCGGCGAAGGAGGCAGGGCUCGGCUCGCUCCUGACGGCCGAGAGGGCUGCCCGGGCUCUUCUUGCCUCGCUCCGGGCGCUGGCGCCGGCAUCCUCCGCGGCGCUCUGCUCUGCACCGCGCCGUCCGUUGAGAUGCUGCCGCCGAAGAGGGGCCAAGCUUGGCGGCGCAAGAAGGGGCUGCGCGCGGGGCAGCUGUGCGUCCUGGCCUCGCUGCUGGGGCUCCUGCUGCUCGCCUGCGCCCGGGCAGGCCAGCGGGCUGGCCGCUCAGACGCCGCAGCCGUUUACGAAUCUCUGAACUUUGAUUUGGAGACUAGUGACAAAUGGCUGGGAAGAAGACUACUACAAGAAACUGAGGAUAAUGUCACUGAUAAACCAGAAGAAGUAAAACAUCUCUAUCGAAAAAAUUGCACUGAACCAGCUCUCCGUGAAUUCCCUGAUGACAUCUUUACGAAUGAAGAUCGGAGGCAUGGAGCAGUAAUUUUGCAUGCUUUCUGUGCUGUCUACAUGUUCUAUGCUUUGGCUAUUAUCUGUGAUGAUUUCUUUGUUCCUUCAUUGGAAAAAAUUUGUGAACGCUUGCAUCUCAGUGAAGAUGUGGCAGGGGCAACAUUCAUGGCAGCUGGCAGUUCUGCUCCAGAGCUGUUUACAUCUGUGAUAGGUGUGUUUAUCACAAAAGGAGAUGUAGGUGUUGGAACCAUUGUUGGCUCUGCAGUAUUCAACAUCCUGUGCAUAAUUGGGGUUUGUGGCCUAUUUGCAGGACAGAUAGUUGCAUUGUCUUCUUGGAGCCUCUUGAGAGAUUCAGGAUAUUAUACCUGCUCAGUUGCUGCACUUAUUUUGUUUAUUUAUGAUGAAAAAGUUGCUUGGUGGGAGUCCUUAAUCCUAGUGCUGAUGUACAUCAUAUACAUUCUUAUCAUGAAGUUUAAUGCCAGUCUUCAGCAUAUGUUUGAACGGAGGACAAAGAAUGUAACAAAUAUGGUGAAUGGAUUAGCAAAUAAUGCCGAGAUGGAUGACAACAGCAAUUGUGAUGCUACAGUGGUAUUACUAAAGAAAGGUAACUGUUCCAGAAAUUUCCAUCGCAAAGCCUCUGUAAUCAUGGUGGAUGAGUUGCUGUCUGCAUAUCCACAUCAGCUAUCCUUCUCAGAGGCUGGACUCCGGAUUAUGAUCACAAGUCACUUUCCUCCCAGAACCCGGCUCUCCAUGGCUAGUCGCAUGUUGAUCAAUGAGAGGCAAAGAUUAAUCAACAGCCGAGUGUACAGCAAUGGAGAAGCAGAGAUAGCCAUCAAGGUCCCUUUCAAACAUACCAUGGAGAAUGGAUCAGGGCUCAGUAACUCUGCUAAAGGAAGCACAAAUGGAACUGGGAGAGACGAGGAGGCUGCUGAGGGUGGCAAUGAAACAGAGAAUGAAAAUGAUGACAAUGAAAACAAUGAGAAUGAUGAGGAGGAAGAUGAUGAUGAUGAUGAUGAUGAUGAUGACCAAGGUCCAUACACUCCCUUUGAUCUGCCAUCUGGGAUAAUAGAAAUUAUCAAGUGGCUCUUCACCUGGCCUCUGUCUUUGCUCUUAUACUUCACGGUGCCCAACUGUAGCAAACCCUACUGGGAGAAGUGGUUCUUGGUCACUUUUGCUUCCUCUACGCUCUGGAUUGCAGCCUUUUCCUAUGUGAUGGUCUGGAUGGUCACAAUCAUUGGUUUCACUUUGGGUAUUCCAGAUGUGAUAAUGGGGAUCACAUUUCUGGCAGCUGGAACCAGUGUACCAGAUUGCAUGGCAAGCCUUAUUGUGGCACGACAAGGAAUGGGCGACAUGGCCGUUUCUAACUCCAUCGGAAGCAAUGUCUUUGAUAUUCUAAUUGGCCUUGGCCUUCCAUGGUCUCUACAGACUCUAGCAGUAAACUAUGGCUCUGUUAUUCGAUUGAAUAGUCGUGGACUUAUCUAUUCUGUGGGCUUGUUGCUAGCUUCAGUUUUUGUCACGGUGUUUGGAGUUCAUUUGAACAAGUGGAAGUUAGAUAAGAAGCUGGGGUUUGUGUGCCUUUCCCUCUAUGGAAUCUUCUUGUGUUUCUCCAUCAUGACAGAAUUUAAUGUCUUCACUUUUGUAAAUUUGCCUAUGUGCAAAGAUCAUUGAUCCUAUGGACAGUCUGUUGAGAGGCAACUUCCUUCUGUACCAGUGCAAUAUGAAAAUGGUUGGCAUUUCCAAGCAGCAUGAGGUCCCCUAUGAAGGCUGUGAAGUUCAGUGGGGCCUCUUCUUAUCUUGGCUUAGUCUCUUUCUAAGCCAUCUUUUCACACAUACAAACGCUCACCUGGAAACCACCUAUAUUGAUGUGAAGAUUUACAAAUUCAGAAGCUCUGAUGGGCAAACUAACUUUUCCCUGGCCCUGAGCCAGAGAAACUGAACUAUUACAGUUUUUUUAAGUUAUUUGAUGGAAGACUAAUUUAUGAAUUGAGACUAUAGCUAAGAUACAAAGAAGAGGGUACAUUGCAUUGACUGCUUUUGGAGAAAAAUGAAAGGAAUUUAUUUUAUUCUUCUUUCCUAAGAAAGUUUCCUUGCAACUUAUCUACUUUGUGGAAUACUGCAUCUCAUUGGAUGAUUCCGAUGUCAUAAACAGUGCUGUGAGAACUGAAUUCCAGGUACUUACUAACACAAAUGGACCUAUACUUUUCAGAAGUGGUACGUAAUGACUUCCUUACGGGAAGUAAUGUAUCCCAGAAAGAGAUUUGGGAGGAAUCUUAACUGAAUUCAGACUGUAGAGUUGAACCUUGCUGCCAUUUUAUUCUUAACCGCAGAAUGUGAUCACUAGGUUGUUUAGAAUAUUUCCAAGCAAUAGUUUAGGCCUACCGACCCCGGCAGGCUCACAAGAUGGAGUCCUGGUUUUUAACUUGAUUAUUGCCAAGAAAACUACAUGGAUGUAUCCAUGAAGUCACCAGGAGCCAAAUGUGACUCAAAGGAGAUUUAACUCUUUUUUUCCCUUUUAAUUUAAAAUACAAUGCCUGGACUAAUCUUUUAUGGGUUCUCGAUGUUUAUUGAGAUUAUUCCUUUAGCACUUUUAGAUUGAAAAGUACUUUAUUACCCUCCCUUUCCUCUUUAUCCUGGCAACAGUUUCUUAAGGUAAGCAUUAAUAUUCUUGUGUCUUAAAAAAUAGUGCAGUUGAAAAAAAUCUGUGUCCCCACACAUAUCAACUUCAGGACCACAUUAAGUUCUGAACCAAAAUUGUUUUGAUCCAAAACAAAAUUCAGAUUUUGGGAUCAUCAGACCACCUGUUAAUGUUUGGAGACUGGAGAAGAGGAAAUGGAUGUAAAGGGAGAUUAGUUGAGAAGGGAAUAUAGCACAUGUUUUAAAAUAAUUAGUUGAAGACACUGGUUUGUAAAAAGCAUAUUUUGCACAUAUAUUAUUGCUGAUGUUAUCAUUUACCAUUCUGCGAAGGAUACACUGGACCUGGGUGGGCAUGUUAUUGUUUUUUCCUUUUGUAUCCCACUGGGUGGUUUGCUUAUGCAAAUCCUAUUUUAGGAAUCUUUGUUGGUGAGUUCUUCCUGCUAUUUACCACAAAAUUGCAUAGCACUUAUUUUUAGUUUUCUUGACAAAGAGGAUUAGAUUUUGACAGAGAAAGCUAUGAUAAAGUCCCCCUUCAAUGUU